AUGAGGGGGCAAUAUGGGGGCGACAAUGGGGGGUGGGUGACGCAGGUGGGGGUCAACGCGGUGCAGGGCCGCGAGAGCCAGUGGGCGAAAGAGGCAGGUCACACAGCGACGCAGGGGCAAAACGCGGGUGACACGGAGGUGGCGACGGACGUGGGUGACACGGGCGAAGUGGGCGAGAUGGGUAAGAUGGGCGAGGCGAACGAGACCGACGAAGCAGGCGAAGUGCGAGAUGGGGGAGAGACGAGCGAGACAAGCGAGGUUCGAGGCCCGCGCGAAAUGGGUGACGCAGGCGAGGUGGGACGUACGGGUGCAAGACAGGCGAGGUGGGCGACACAAGCAGGCAAGGCGAGGUGCAAGUCGCGGGCGAGACGGACGAGGCGGCGACGUGGAGGUGGCGUGGGUGAGACGGGCGAGGUGGACGAAGCAGGCGAAGUGCGAGACAGGGGUGAGACAAGCGAGAAGAGCGAGACGAGCGAGGUGCAAGGCGCACGCGAGAUGGGUGACGCGAGAGAGGUGGGCGAUACAGGCGAGACGGACGAGGGGGAUGAGACGGGCCGGAUGGGUGACAGAGACGAGUACGGGCAAAGUGUGGGGUGCAGGCGAGACGGGAGAGCCCUUGUGCACGGUCUCCCCCUCAUCUGGCUCCUUCGCAGCGAGGGCCGCGGCCUCGCGUUCAACCUCUUCGGCCCUCCUGAAGUGGGCAAGACGCUCUCGGUGGAGGCGACGUCCGAGCACGUUCACCGGCCGCUGUACGGCAUCUAA